AUGGCAGAUUAUAAUGAAAGUUCAAAUCUUUAAUUUGAAGACGAUUUUUGUAAAAUUUUCAAUACGGUAAGUAAAUAAUAACUAAAUGAUGUAAAUUUGAAUUAAUUAGGGACUUUAAAUACGAGGAAUGUAAAAUAUUUACAAAUUUCAUUAAAAUCAUUGAAUUUGAAUUCGAAAUAAUUUUAAGAUAAAUCAAUUAAAUUGAAUGUAAAAUUACCAAUGAUAAGAAAUAAUACUAUUGAAUAUCAAAUACAUUAGACAUAUGAUAUAGGAAAAAAUGGAAAAUCAUUAAUGUUUAAUGCAUAAUUUAGAUCUAAUUUCUAAUUGACAGAAAAUAGUUUAGGAUAAAUAAAUUAAGCUGUUAUCUAUUUUCAAGUAUUUUCAUUAGAUGUAGAGAUUGGAAAAGCUGAAUUUUUACUUUCAACAAUGAUUCUAGAUGGACUUAGAUGUUUUACUUAUUAAAUUCCAAUCUAAUAAUUAGCAUAAGUAUAAAACAAAAACAAUAAGAAGGGAAAGGUUGAUAAAUUAAUAGAAACAGGAUAAUUAGAAUUCGAAAUCUAAUUGUAAGAUAUUGAUGCUAGAAGUCAAUAAAUUGAAUAAUCUCCUAAAAAGGAAAUUGAUAUUGAAGAAUAAGUCUAGAAGAUUUAUGAAAAAGUUACUGAAUAAAAUUAAAAGGAAAAAGAUAAAAAAAGAUAAUUUAAAUAAUAAUAGGAAGAAGAAAUGAAUCAAUAAUUGAUUUCUUAACUUUAAUCAUUCUAAUUAUAUUUAAAUAUAGGAAAAUUGAUACAUUUAAAUUAAGUACUAUGCUAAGAGAAAAUUGAAGAUGAGUAAAUCAAUUUAUAUUUAAAAUUUAAAUCAUAUGGAACUUAAGAAAUUAAUUAAACUCCAACAAAUUGGAAUACAUCUAAAUGGUUUAUUAAUUAUAAUGUUAGAUGUCCUAUUACAAUUACAUCAUUAAAUAAGAUGGAGAAUUUCCCAUGGAUUCUUGAAUUAUGGGCUAAACAUACUUAAACAAAUUAAGAUAUUUUAGUUGGAAUAGCAAGAUUAUCAUUAACAGCUAUAAGUGCUCUUAUACUUAAUUCAAAUCCAUUAGUUGUUAUUUAAACUCUCAGAAGCAAUUUAUCACCAUAAAUACUAUUUGAUGAAGACAUUCCAUUUGAAGAUUUAAGAACUAAAUAAACAAUGGCAAUAAUUAAAUUAAAAUUAGCUUUCGGAACAAAUCCUUAAAUUAAUAAACUACUUAAUUCUGAAAUAACUUAUGUUGAUGAAUCUAUUGAUGAAGAACCAGAAGAAGCUCCUAUUGACAAUAUUAAUGAACCUGAAAAAUAACCUGAACCUCCAUAAAUAGAAUAGCCAUUAGUUUAUGAAAAGAUUCCAUUAUAAGAAUGUCUAAUCACAACUUUAAAUAAAAUUAGUUAAACUAUUCGUAUUUUACCUAAAGAAUAAUUUAUCUUAAUUGAUGAAUUUAUAGAUAUUGUUUUAUAACUUUGUGGAUUAAAUUUUAAUAAGAGAAUGAUUACUUCACUUUCUCAAUAUUUAUAAUUUGAUUAAUCAACUUUGGAUUGGCAUAUAUUUUUAUAAAGUUGGUAAGCAUUUACUAAUUAUAAGAAAUAAUUAAAAUUAAAUUAUACAAAAAUUUAUGCCAAUUUUUAUUAAUAGGCUUUGAAAAUAUUUCCAAGUAUUAAUGCUUUUGAACGAGACUUACCACAUGGAGCAUUUGGAUUAGUACAUAGAUAAUAACUUAAAGAAUAUUUAUUAAGUUGUAAAGGUGGUAACAUACCUUCAGGACCUUCUUUCUCAGCUAUUACUAUCAAUUCUGUAUUUGAAACAUUGGAAGUUAAUAGUGAUGAUUAAAUAUAAAUCUCAGAUUUAGUAGAUUAUUUAAGAUAAUUUGAAGUACAAGGAGAAAUAUCAAAAAUCUAUGCUCCAAUCUUUUAAUUAGCUUAGAUUAUUGAAAAGAAUAUGCAAAUUUGGAUACGUAACAAUAAAUAACAAAUGGAUGAUUAUAUAAAUAAUAGGGAAUUCUAAUAGGAAUUAAGAGCUUAAAAUAUUAUGGAAAUAUUUUAGGAAUUAGGAUUGAAUUGCACAUUACUUGAUGCAGUAGCUAUUAUGAAUUAGAUUGGUGAUUAUAACAAUGUUGAAAAUUAGGAUGGAUAAAAAGUCUGUACAGAAAUUGCUUUUUGGAAAUAUAUUGAUUGGUUAUAUUAAAAUGAAAUUGAAGUGAAAGAACCUUCUAGUCCUAUAGCUGUUCCAUAACCAAAAGUUAAUGGAAUAAAAAAACCAUAACCUAUAGAUUUUUAAUUUUUAGAAACUCAAUUCAUUAUAGAUUUUAUUUAAUUGACAUAUAUAGAUGGAGAAAAAUAUCAAUUGUAAAUUUAAUUGGAAAAUACAGGAUUAAGUGUUACUACACCUAAGACAUCAAUAUUAAAAUCUACUUUUUAUGAGAAUGGUCAAAUUCCUCUAAAUAUGAGAGCUAUUUGUACUUUAAGUGAUAAAUUCUCUCAUGAUUUUAGAAAGACUCUACAUGAUAGAAUGGAAUUUUCAGGAUUAAGUAUUGUGUUAUUUAAAGAUAAUCAUGUAUUUAGAGGAAGUCUAGCAAGUGAAGAAAUACUUACUAUAGAAAAUGAAAAGGAGACAUUUUUUGUUUAAUUAUUUGAUGAAGUUAAAGGAAUGGAUGCAACUCUAAUUGAAUUUAAAAUGAGCAUUAAGUAAUAAGUAAAAGAUGAAAAACCAAAAGAGGGAUUUCAAUUAUUUAAUGCAGAAGGUCAAAUUCAAUAGGAAGCUCAAAUUACUUAAGAAGAGAUCUUAAAUAUUCUUAAACCAGAAAUAAUGCAUACUUUCAGGAUCAAUAUAAAAUAAAUAAAUUGGUAUAAGAAUUUAAAGUUUAAUUCCUUAAAAGUAAAAUUAUCUUUGGCUACAGAUAAGAAGAUAUUAAAAGAAGCUAUUCCAUGUUUUACAAGUGAUGAUUUUAAUGAUGAUUUUGAUAUUGUUGUAGAAUAUCAAGUGAAGUGUGAUUAAGUAUUAGCAACUUAAUUAUCUAAAUGUCACUUAUAAAUUUAAUUACUUUUGAAUUGCAAUUCAUAAAAUAAAUCACUUAUUGGUUAUUUACCCAUAAAACCAUUAUUUGAAGAAAGCAAAGUAACAGGAGAAAUUCCAUUAGAUGAUAGUGUGACAGGUGCAUUUAUUUGUACAUUGAAUUUAGAUACAGUUUAUACAACUGAUUAAAUAGUAGAGUAGAUUGUUAAAGUGGAAGAGAAACUCAAAUUUUAAAAGAAGAUUAUCAUUCGUAUUAUGGAAUUGAUUUUACUUGAUUACAAAAAUGAAUUAGGAGAGAUCUAUUUUAUGUUAGUUGAUCCUUUAAAUAUGUCUGAAUCUUAUGAAGUAAGGCCCAAUACUCCUUCAAUUUUAAACACUCAAGAUUGUAUAUUCAUUUUAUCUGAUAGUGAAUUAUAAAGUGAUGUAGUAGAAUUAUAAGUUAGAUCAGUAAUGUUGGGAGAAGAUAAGAUAAUAGGUAAUGUAUCAAUUUAAUUAAAACAAUUAAAUAAUGAGGGUAUAUUUGGGGAAAGCAAUUAUUUAAGAGUAGACACAAAAGUUUCAUCAUUAGAAAUUGCUGCUAGAGUAGGUGUUAAAGUAAUUUAUAUUUGUGCUAAAGAAACAAGUAAUGAUAAUUAUUUGAAUGCUUUUAAAUAUCCAGCAAUAAAGGAAUUAGAGAAUUAAUAGAAUAUUGAAUAAUACUUAAGAAAUAAAUUAUAGUUUUCAUUUUCUGAAAUUAACUUUUUGAUGUCUUUAAUAAAAAAUGAUAUAUUUUCAACUUCUAUAUUGAAACCUUUAGAAUUAUAGGCUGAACAAUCAAUAAUUAUUGAUUUAUUGAAGGAAUUUACAUUUUAUGAUUCAGAUUAAUUAAGAUAUGUUAAUCCCAAUAUUUUAGUAACAAUAUUUGGUUACUUUAAUUUACCAGAUCAUAGAGAUUAAUUUAUUUAAUAAAUACACAAGAGAAUGCCAAAUGAUUUUUAAUGUCCUUCUAAUCAAUUUGAUUAUUUGACAUUUUUAGCUCAUUUACAAAAGUGUAUUCCUAAUGUUACUCCUUUAUUUAAGAUAGAUAUGUAAGGACCUAUUUAACAUGAAGUUUAAUAAGUAAUUAAGAAAAGUCCCAUAAAAUAAAAUGAAGAAACAAUUCCAAAAUUAAAUUAUAAAUAAAUGCAUUUUCAUUUUGAAUGUGGAAGAAAUUUAAAUGCUUUAACAAAAAGAAUUCCAAAUUCAAUAUUAAAAUUUCCAUAAUUAGAUCAGGAAUCAAAAGUUUUUCAUUGUUAAGCAAAUCCAUAAUAUGAUGCAUUAAUAAGUGUAGAUGUUUAAAAAUUAAAAAAUUUAUAAGUAUAAAUAUUUGAUAAAAAAUAUUCAGUGGAUGAAAAAGAGUUUUAUAAAUAUAAUUUAAUUGGUUAAGCUACUAUUUAUUUUGAUUAAAUCAAUCAAUAAUUUCCAUAAGUAAUUUAAUUACAAUUAGAAAAUUAAGAACAUAGUUUUAAUUAAACAAAUACUAUUCCUUAUCUUAAUAUUAAAAUUUGGACUGAUAAUGAAGAAAUAGUACCUUAAAUAGUUAAAAAAUCACCAACUAAACCAGUUGUUUAAACAUCUAAAGAAACUGUACGUAGAUUAGUAUUUGAUAUAGAAAAUAAUGAGAAUGAUUCUGGUAAGGAUAAUGCAACAAUAAAGAAUUUAGAGAAAGAAUUAGAAGAAUAUUUGAAAUCUCUCAAAAAAAAGAGAGAAGAAUAACCAGAUACAACUACACAAAAAAAUGAGGAUUAAAAAUCAAAAGAAUAGCCUAAAUAAUAACAAUAAGAUAGUGAUGGAAAUAGCAAUUAAGGUAAAAAAUAAUAGCCUAAAAAAAUUGAAAAGAUGAAACCUUAAGCAUAUUCUUCUUCAGGUUCUUCUUCUCAUUAGAAUCCACCUAAAAGUUCUUCUUCAGGAAACAGAUUAGAGAAAAUAGAUGAAAAAUUACCAAUUAAUGGAGCUGAAUUAAAAAGGAUAGAGAAAAUACUUAGAUUAAAUAAUCUACCUAUUGAUAAAUAUGAUUCACUAUAAGAUGAUUCAGAUUAUGAAUGA